UUGUGUGGUAGUGGAUGAAUCUAUCUAGACAAUAGUCAAAAGUUAUGGAGAACUUUGCGGAGAGAAGAAUUAGGGAGCAAAAGCUCCAAGAUGGUCAUUUGUUCCCCAAAGUUCUCUUCCCUGCUAAUAAUUCUCACAAGGAAGACAUUACUCCUGUGUUGCAGAACAUCACAUCACAGGAAAGCAAAGCAUGGAUUGAAAGUGAAUUACACAAGUGUGGAGCCAUUCUCUUCAGAGGAUUUGGCUUGAAGUCGGCAGAGGAUUUCAAUGCUUUUCUUGAAAGUUUUGGAUGGGAAGAGCAGCCUUACAAAGGCCCUGCUCCAAGAAAGAAUAUCGUUGGCAGAGUGUGGUCUGCUAAUGAAGCUCCUCUCGACCAACACAUCUUCUUUCACCAUGAAAUGGCCCUGACGCAAGAAUUUCCAUCAAAGGUAAUCUUUUUCUGCGAGGUUGCGCCGCCAGAGGGUGGUGAAACGGCCGUUGUGCAGAGCCACAGAAUAGCUUCCCACAUGGAAGGCCACUUUCCAGAGGUUGUUCAACAACUGGACACCAAUGGAAUAUUUACUCACACUCUCCUACCGAAAAAUGACAAUCUUGGCUAUUUUCUUGGCAAGAGCUGGCAAUCUCAUUUGCAGACGGAUGAUCCAGAAGAAGCCCGAAGAAAGGUGGAAGGAGGAGGUGGGAAGUUACAAUGGACGGAAGAUGGAAGUGCAAACAUCAUUGCAGGGCCAAUCCCUGCUACAAGAACUUUCCAAGGCUAUGGAGAUCGAAAAGUGUGGUUUAACUAUAUUCCAGCUGCUACUUAUGGAAAGAAUGAGGCGAGCUUGAACAGGCUGAUAUGUGGAGAUGGAAGUGACAUUCCACAGAGAGUAAUGGAGGAGAGUGGGAGAAUAAUGGAUGAAGAAAGCGUAGAUAUCAAGUGGGAAGUAGGGGACGUGCUGCUUAUUGAUAACUUGGCCGUAAUGCAUGCAAGAAGGCCUUCAAAGCCUCCUCGACGUAUUUUAGUAGCUCUCUGUAAAUGAAACUCAAAAGAACCAUCAUAACUCUCCAAACUAUAUGACCUAAACCAGAGAUGUUAAACUUUAGAUUGACAGGAUGGAUGAGUAGGUAGAUCGACUUAUUGACUUGUUAUUCCACGCCCCCACACAUUCAGGACUCAGUCAAUUCAUCUCAUCAUUCUUUCCAUGGAUAGCCCAAUUAUUUUGUCAUCCGAUUCUUAGUUUCUCAGAAAGUGUUUAGGUGUCAAAGAAAUGACUUGUAACUGAGUUUUUAGGGUAGGGUAGGUAGUGACAGCGAAAGUUUGUUGUCAUGAGACAAUCAAACAGUCAAUAGUAAUUUUACAUCUCAUUCAUAUCAAAAAAUGUCAAUUAUUUGUUCUACUUUUCUUUAUCAAAAUGCACUUUUAACUAACA